AUGCCCUUCUUCGAGUCCACCAAUUCCUCCAUCUUCUACGUCGACGAAGGGGCCGGCCCCCCAGUGAUCUUCAUCCACGGAUGGACGUGCGAUAUCCACGACUGGGUCUUCCAAAUACCAUACUUCCAGAAGAGCGGGUACAGGACAAUCGCAUUCGAUACUCGCGGCCACGGUCGCUCUCCCGUCCCCUCGAAAGACAACCCGUCCGAGCUCGGCCCCGAGGCCACAGUCGCCGACGCCGAGGCCCUGCUGCGACACCUCGACAUCAACGCCGACAACCCGGUUGUCGUCUUCGGCCACUCUUCUGGGUGCCUCAUUGCGUCCCUAUUGGCCAUCAGCUCACCGCGGUUGGUCAGAGCUCUGGUCCUGGUCAGCCCUAUGUACUACCGGCUUCAAGAAGAAGGCCUGGCACAGGGCAGGAAGCUCGACGGCGAUGCCUACGGUCUCGUGAACCGCAUCUUCGAGGCGCAGGGCACGACGAGCGAAACGCCGGGGUGGCUUACGGCGCGGCAUAGGAUCAGACUGUUAGGCGUGCCGGAAUGGGUUGUGCGCGAGGCGGCGUACCAGAGGGAGCCGGUGGGGAGUUGGGAAUCUGCUCGGAAGCUGAUGCCCCGGAGACAAUGCCCUCGCUUGGUGGUCAUGCCGAACGACGCAAAUGUCGAGAAGGAGAAGGGGCUUGGUAUGGGGGAGAAAGACCGAGUUGAGGUACUAAGGGCUGGUCAUUGGAUGCAUGUCCAGGAGAGCGGACAGUUCAAUACCCUGGUUCAACUCUGGCUCGCGCAAAUCAGCUAG